AUGACUUUGUCUCCAACUUCUACUCACGAAGACACCCUUUUAAUGUCUUCUACUGACAAAGAAACCCUAGAAAAUCAUCCGGCCUUCAUUGGCUGCAGCCGUCUCAUCAUUUUGGUCCCUUUUGUUCUGAUUCUUACAUACAUUAUUCUAUCAAUGGACGUUGUUCCCGAUUCUCCAUCCUUCGAUGUCGAAUCCGAGGGUUCACUCAACUCACUAACUGUCAACGGCACCCAACUCACAGCCGAGUUUAACAUUUCGGUCUCCGGAUAUAACUUCAAAUCGUAUUCCCGUGUGUAUUACGAUGAUGUCUCUGCGGAGAUCUUUUACAGAGGUGAAGGUGUCGUUCUAACCAAAUCAUCUCUUCCAUCUUUCACCACCGAUGGAAAGAGUGAGAGUGUGAUUCAUUUGACGCUUUCCGUGAAUAAGUCUGAUGAUUUCGGUGGCGCUGCGACUGGUAUUGCUCGGAGCCGCAAAGAUGGAACGGUGGAAUUUGGGCUAAUUGUGAAGUCUUUGUUUAAGUACAAAAACAGGUGGGCUCAGUCCGACUGGAGGCCUAUGAAGGUUGUUUGCAACCCACUCAAGUUUGCAGUUUCUCCAAAUGACAACAACACAACAAACCCUGGGAUUUUAUUGGAAGGUUUAAGAUGCAGCAGCACUUAG